AUGUCGUCAUUUAGCUCCUCCGAUCCAUCUGAACGAUUUUUGGGUGUACGGCACGUCAGUCAGAAAGGGAGGCACGAAAUUAUUCGUUUCGCCAUACCAGGAACGCGCAUGGCGCACAUAUUUUCCCACCAAAGGAGCAAUGCAAACUACUCUGUCUUUCGAUGCAGAGAGUGCAAAAAGCGCGGACACUACAAGGCUGUAAAGGUCGUGGGAAAUGAAAUAAUCGAUGACCCUCUCGAAAAUCACGUCUGUGUGGCCAUCAAUUCUUCAAAAGACCAAGCAAACAGGAUAAUGUACGAGGUGAUUCAAAAUAUCCGAUCUGAUUCCCGUGCAGCACAUGCUCCUGUCUCCGAAAUAUGGGAGAAGACGUUGCAUAGAGUAUUGAAUGAGCAUGGAUCCGCCUCCUCUUCAAAUGAAGUUGUUGCUUAUUUCUACAAAAAUGGGUUAGAAUCAAGGAGGAAGAGCAUUGAAAGAGCAAAAGCUGUUCAUGGAAGCCAAGAAGUAACAUGGGACAACAUACCCGAAUCAUACAAUACUCUCGAUGAUGGUACACUAUUUCUUCAAGAAAGGAAUGACAUUUACCACCUCUACUACUCGUCAACCACAAUCAGAGAAGGGGACGGCCCCUUUCUAAAAAGGCUGGAGUCAGUUGAGUCAGUUUGGAGUAUGGGCUUCAACGCUUGCGUAGGGUCGAACAUAAAUCGCGCUAAUCUGCACGCCUACUCUAGCACAGGAAAUGUAGCUGACGGGGUACAUAUAUUGUAA